AUCACAAGGAUGUUGUUUACGAAAUUGAGAGGACGAAAAGCGAAUGUCCGGCGCUUUGACCGGGUUGGUGGAUACGGAGGAUCCGCCUAGGGGAGUUGAAAAACCCUGAUUCCAAAUCAAUGGUGCACAUGGGCCACAGGAUCCUAAGGAAACAAAUAACGUAUGAACCAAUUGUUGGUCACCGGCCUGACGUUGCUCCACUGCGUUAUGAAGUAGACCUUUAGGUCAAAGGCUCGUGAUGUGGCCCUCUAAGAAAACAACCUGCUUAGGUUUGGGUAACUGAGCAGUACCUCAACCCUCACACUAAUCGAAUGAGACUUGUGUGGUGCAUAUCUAUUUGGUGCCUCCUUGUACCAAUAUCUAUGUAUUCAAAUAAACCAAAAUAAAUAGGCUCAUAUCACACUAGUACUUUAACAAACAAACAACAAACAACUUUUCAUAUAUCUAUAUACGUUUGUACAACUUGAUAAUAAAUUCGUUGAAAAGAGAGAGAUCCCUUCAUUGAACUUCGUAUCUUUUUUUAAAAAAAAAAUUAAGUGUACAAUUUUAGCUGGUAGCUUUUCAUGUUGUGAAUGCACAAAUCAAUGCAUGAUGUGUAGUCAAAUCACAAAACAAAAAAAGUACAUCGAAUUGUAUUCAUUGUAGAUGUAUCUUUUACAAUUUUGCGUUUUUAAGGUUUCAUUCAGUGUUUCUAUUGAAUUUUCAAUGCCCUUUCAAUUCAUAGAAUUUAACUUUCUUUUUGCUCAUUAAUCUUUUUUUUUCCUAAAGGUUACCUAUCGACGCUAGUCAUCCAGGUUUCUAUAAUAACCCAGCCACGGCUGCAGUUGUUAACAAUUCAUUAAUGAAUCCUUUAUUGAAUGCAGGUCUAUUGACAGGUUUUAAUAUGCCAAAUGCUGCUGCUACAUUAUCACCUGGUAUGAAUGGUAUACUACAAACGCCAACUAAUCAUAUAUCAUCUGUAGCUACUGAUCCAACAUCUGAUAAUCGAUUACAAGCUCAGCUCCCAUUGAAUCCACUAGCUAAUUUGAAUUAUUUACUUAAUUAUUCAAAUGCGAUUGCAAAUCCUUCAUCUGGUGCUGCAGCAGCCGCGGCGGCAGCUGCAGCAGCAGCUCUUGCAGCUACAACGAAUACAAAUCAGCCAAAUAUUUCACCAGCUGCAUUAGCACUUUUAAUGUCCACCUACGGACAGGGUACAAGUGGGUUGAAUACUGUAUUACCGGGAAAUAAUUCAUUUGUUGGAAUGUCACCUGUCACACAUCAAUCGUUGAAUUCACCCAGUCUACCAGCAACAAGCUUAUUAAAUUUGAACUCUACCACAUCAAAUACAACUGGUUUAAAUGUAUUGACAGGUAGUCAGUCUGUGUCACCAUUCUGUAGAACAUUCACUCCAGAGGUUUCACCGAAUGAAUUGAAUGCAUAUUCUGCUGCUAUGGCUUAUCAGCGAUUGCUUAAUAUGGCCUCAAAUUAUCAAACUAUUCCAUCAUCUUUAUUUACACCUGUUAAUUCGACUAACUCAUUGUCAAGCGCCUUGCUUAAUAAUCAAUUUGCUUUAAGUUCAAAUCAGGCUAUGAAUUACAAUAAUAACAACAGCGGUAACAAUAAUAAUAAUAAUAAUAGCCACACAUCUAAUAACAAUAUCAGUGUGUCAGCAGAUCAAUCCAACUCAAUGCCUUUGAUAUUUCCGCCCACAUCACGUAAUUUAGUUGCAUUCACAUCGGACAUAAAUGGUGCAUCAUAUGAUUACGGUAAUCCACAAGAGUUAACUGCCAAUAUUCACGCUAGUCUGACAACAGGUCAACAUUCAGCAACAAAUGCUACACCUCCACCACUUCAUGAAGGUUUAGAAUGUGUCAAUGCAUCUGUGAAUUUUUAAUCAAUAAAUAAUUCAUAAACUGGAAAACAAUCCUGGAUAUUGAGAAAACAAUAAUCAUUUUUCUUAAACUUGUCUUGUUCGGGGUGAUCAAUGUAAAUUGUCCUUUACUUUCUCUUUAUUUAUUUGUACUUUAAUUCAAAUUGGUUGGUUGUAAAAUGAAAUUUAACCAUCAUAACGUUGAAUAUGUGUAUUUUUCACUAACCUUUACUCUUAUACUCCUUAUCUUCUAGCUAACUUAUUACGCUAACAACCGAAAAACUGUGAUUCUUUCCAUUAUCUUUCUUAUCAUUGAAAUAUGACAUCAAGUGGUACAUAUCUUUAUAACACAUUCUAUUGUUUCUUUUUUUACUCGUAAUACGUCCAUUCUAAUCUAGUGAUUUUCUCAUUAUUCUUUUUCUCUUUUUUCUGGUGAUAUCAUUUUCAUCUGGUUGCAUGGAUACGUAUGUAUACACAUAUAUAUAUUUAGUUGCAUACACUUCAAGAUUGAAAGUUCUGAUGAAUAUCUUUAUGACUUCAAUAAUUACUGGUAGAUUUAAUUUUUUUCCCCUGCUGUAUGAAUUGCUCAAGAUAGAAAAAGUUUCUGAAACCAUCGGUUAUUUGUAUAAUUUCUACGUUGUUGUUCUUUUUUUAAAGCAAGACUGUCAACUUGAAUAACAGCAAAGAAAAAAAAACUUACUUGAGU